GACUUUUCCGUAAUAUCUAAAAUGCUGCCCGUGGGCUGCUACACUGUUCCACUCUUCCGAGUCCCUUUCUGUCGUAGAUGCUUUUGUUGCCGGCCAUGGUUUGUCCAACGUAGGGCGAUGCUGCCGAUCCGCACCACAGCCAUUUCCUCAAAAUUAUUAUGUGGUGCCAGAGCAUUGUUAGUACCUGGGAAAUGGGGCUCAGGGUCAUCAACCCUGGAGUUGAAAUACAUCAGUUUUGAUGUGCCUUGUAUGAACUUAUUCUCCAGGACUGUCACUGCCAUGGCGACCCGUGGGAAUAAUAAGAAGCCGAUGACACUUUCCAGUUCCAUGACACAAUCUGAGAAGACCAUUGUUGAGGUGGAUGCUAAUGAAACCAAUGUCGAAACUGGAAUGUCAUGGAACAGUUCUAGUAACCUUAGUGCUAUGACAAUUAAUAAACUCAGAACACUCGCUAAGAGCGCUGGUCUUCCAUCAAGAGGUAGUAAGAAGGAUCUAGUGUCAGCUCUAAUGGCCCUCUCAUCCAGUGGGGAGAAUGAGGUGAAUUUUGCAGCUAGUACAGCAUCAGAUAAAGUUCUGAUUGGUAAUGAGGAACUGCAUCCUAUGACAUCUAAAAGAAAACCAAAGGUUUCAUCAACUGAAGAUAAUGCUGCUAACUUGACAACGGUUCCUGAAGCAAACAAGAGAAGUAGGGGAGAACAGCAAUCAAUUGGUGGUAUGCAAAAUGACAAAGGAAUUUUGCAUCAAACAAGCAUUGAAAUGAAUGCAAGUGAACCUUGGGCAAAACUUGCUCACAAGAAGCCACAGGCUGGGUGGAUCCCUUAUAAUCCCAAAAUUAUGAGACCCCUACACCCUACCAAUGAUAUUAAAUAUGUGAAGAUGAUUUCAUGGAAUGUCAAUGGCUUGAGAGCACUACUCAAAACAGAUGGCUGUUCUGUGCUUCAGUUGGCAGAAAAAGAGGAUUUUGAUGUUCUAUGCUUGCAAGAGACUAAAAUGAAGGAGAAUGAUGUAGAGAAAAUCAAGGAUUGUCUAGUUGAAGGCUAUAACAACAGCUUCUGGACUUGUAGUGUUUCAAAACUUGGCUAUUCUGGAACUGCGAUUAUUUCACGGAUCAAGCCAAUCUCGGUGAAGUAUGGACUUGGUAUACUAGAUCAUGAUGGUGAAGGGCGCCUAGUGACAGUGGAGUUUGAUACAUUUUAUUUGAUCUGUGCAUAUGUGCCCAAUUCUGGUGAUGGUCUGAAGAGGCUUAACUAUCGGAUUGAGGAAUGGGAUCCAUCUCUUAGCAAACACAUGAAACAACUUGAACAAUCAAAACCUGUGAUUUUGACUGGUGACCUCAAUUGUGCACAUCAAGAGAUCGACAUCUAUGAUCCUGCUGGUAAUCGCAGAAGCGCCGGUUUCACAAAGGAGGAAAGAGACUCAUUUGAAAUGAACUUUUUAUCUAGAGGAUUUGUCGAUACCUUUAGAAAACAGCAUCCAAAUGCAGUCGGCUACACUUAUUGGGGCUAUAGACAUGGUGGACGAAAGACUAACAAAGGUUGGCGGCUCGAUUAUUUCCUCGUCUCAGAAAGCAUUUCUGACAUGGCUUACGACUCAUACAUAUGCCCGGAUGUUCCAGGGAGUGACCAUUGCCCUAUAGGCUUGAUAUUGAAGCUCUAGGUUCGAAUCGCACUGAACAAUAUCCUGUUUUACUUCACUGCCUCUACAGUUUUGAAACUACAGUUUGACGACAUCUACUCGAGGUCGCGAUGACGCCUUUUGAAGCGAGCCUCAAUCGAUUGUCAUUUUGUGUACAAGGUAGAAGAUUAUGACCAUUGUGCUACGGGUUUAGUUUAAAAAGUUCCCCUCCUUGUAGCUUAUUGAUAGUUUCUAUGUUGUCUAUGGAUCGAUUAAACUUCACUUAACUAUUAUGGCUCUAUUGUGUGUGCUCGGAUAAAA